GAGGAAAUGGUGAAAAGAAAGGAGACGGAGCGAGAAAACUACUCACGGAUCAAGGAACUGGAAGAUUCGAAUCGGCGGUUACAAGACAGUGUGGUCGACCUCAAAGCGAGAUCAAUGCGGGACAACCUGUUGUUCCACAAUAUUGAUGAAGCAGAAGAGGAAGAUUGCACUGAAGUGAUCUAUAGCUUGUUGGAGGAAAAACUUGAUAUGCCAGAAGCAAGAAGCAGCAUGAAGAUCGAUCGAGCGCACAGAGUUGGUAGGAAACGCGAUGGCCGCAGAAAACCGAGAGCCAUCGUUGCAAAAUUUAAUUUUUUCCCCGAUCGGGAGAAAAUUCGCUUCAAUGCGAAAAAAUUAAGGGGAACAAAGAUCGGUAUCUCCGAACAGUUUCCCGAAGAGAUUGAAAAAGUGCGUCAAACCCUCUACCCUGAGAUGAGGAGAGCAAAGGCGGCAAAGCAGAGAGUGCGUUUGGUUCGUGAUAAACUUUAUAUUAACAAUGUGGAGUUUAUUCCUCAUAAUAAUUAA